AUGGCACCAACAGCAGGUCCUUCCAACCCCAAACAAUCAGGAGAGAGGAAGCGGAAAGCUGGAGGGAACGGGAAGAAAGGCAAGGUAUUUGUGGAAGACAAGAAAGAUCUCCUCUGCCUAAUGUCAUCUAUAACAUCAAACAAGGAUGCCCAAGCAGAAUCGAAAGUCUCAAAGCGAAAAGCAGCCAUUGAAGAAUCCGCCCAGAGCCUGUCCGAAGAGAAGAACAAGAAAAGUAAGAAGUCGUUAGAGAAGGAAAUUGCCCUGGAAAGAGCAAAAGCUGCUUUGGUAGAGAAACAACGUUUGAAGAAGAAUCGUAAAUCGACGUCAACUACUUCGACAAAAGAUAAAUCUGCUCAGUUGUCGACCGACCAGCCAAAGAAGAAGAAAGUCGGUUUUGCUUAG